AUGUUGUUUAUCCUUAAGAAUUAUGCCAUUAAUUUGCAUAUCAACCAAUGGUUCGCGGUCUCUACUUGGCACUGGCUUACCAACGACGAGUGCUGCGGCAUUUGCCGAAACGCUUUCGAGACGUGUUGUGCCGAUUGUCGCUUGCCAGGCGAUGAUUGCCCUCUUGUCUGGGGCGAAUGCUCUCACUGCUACCAUAUGCACUGCAUUGUCAAGUGGCUAAAUAGCCAGCAAAUGGCCCAACACUGUCCACUUUGUCGGCAGGAUUGGCGAUUCAAGAAUUAA